CGAACGGGGCCGGUGUGGGGCUGGAGGGCGGUCCCCCGGAGCCAGCGGCGGCGAAGGGGCAGGCCCGUCCCCUGGGGCAGCCGCCGGCCAUGCCCACCCUCUGCCUCCUCGUGCUGUUCCUCCUCGUCGUGGGGCGGGCCCUGGGCGGCAGCAGGCCCUUCCCUGCCUUCUCGGUGACGGACACCUCUCUCACCCACCUGGCGGUGCACCGGGUGACCGGGGAGGUCUUCGUGGGCGCGGUGAACCGCAUCUUCAAGCUGGCCCCCAACCUGACCGAGUUGCGGGUCCAUGUCACGGGGCCCGUCGAGGACAAUGCUCACUGCUACCCGCCCCCCAGCAUGCGCGCAUGCGCCCACCGCUUGUCACCUGUGGACAACGUGAACAAGCUGCUGCUCAUAGACUACGCGGCCCGCCGCCUGGUGGCCUGCGGCAGCGUCUGGCAGGGCAUCUGCCAGUUUCUGCGCCUGGACGACCUCUUCAAGCUGGGCGAGCCGCACCACCGCAAGGAGCACUACCUGUCGGGGGCCCAGGAGCCUGACUCCAUGGCUGGCGUCAUCGUGGAGCAGGGCCAGGGCCCCAGCAAGCUGUUCGUGGGCACCGCUGUGGAUGGCAAGUCCGAGUACUUCCCCACCCUGAGCUCCCGGAAGCUCAUUGGCGACGAGGACAGUAGCGACAUGUUCAGUCUGGUCUACCAGGACGAGUUCGUCUCCUCCCAGAUCAAGAUCCCCUCCGACACGCUGUCCCUGCACCCGGCCUUCGACAUCUACUACGUCUACGGCUUCGCCAGCGCCUCCUUCGUGUACUUCCUGACGCUGCAGCUGGACACGCAGCAGACGCUGCUGGACACGGCGGGCGAGAAGUUCUUCACGUCCAAGAUCGUGCGCAUGUGCUCGGGGGACUCGGACUUCUACUCGUAUGUGGAGUUCCCCAUCGGCUGCUCCUGGCGCGGCGUCGAGUACCGCCUGGUGCAGAGCGCCCACCUGGCCAAGCCGGGCCUGCUGCUGGCCCAGGCCCUGGGCGUGCCGGCCGACGAGGACGUGCUCUUCACCGUCUUCUCCCAGGGCCAGAAGAACCGGGCCAGCCCGCCGCGCCAGACCGUCCUCUGCCUCUUCACGCUCAGCGACAUCAACGCCCACAUCCGGCGCCGCAUCCAGUCCUGCUACCGCGGCGAGGGCACGCUGGCCCUGCCCUGGCUGCUCAACAAGGAGCUGCCCUGCAUCAACACCCCCAUGCAGAUCAAUGGAAACUUCUGCGGGCUGGUGUUGAACCAGCCGCUGGGCGGCCUGCACGUGAUCGAGGGGCUGCCCCUGCUGGCGGACAGCACGGACGGCAUGGCCAGCGUGGCCGCCUACGCCUACCGGCAGCACUCCGUGGUCUUCGUCGGCACCCGCAGCGGCAGCCUGAAGAAGGUGCGGGUGGAUGGCUCCCAGGAGGCCCGCCUUUAUGAGACGGUGCCCGUGCUGGAUGGCAGCCCCAUACUCCGAGACCUGCUCUUCAGCCCCGACCACCGGCACAUCUACCUCCUUAGCGAGAAGCAGGUGAGCCAGCUCCCGGUGGAGACCUGUGAGCAGUACCCCAGCUGCGAGGCCUGCCUGGGCUCGGGGGACCCGCACUGCGGCUGGUGCGUGUUGCAGCACAGAUGCUGCCGCCAGGGGGCCUGUCCGGGGGCCUCAGCCCCACACGGCUUCGCAGAGGUGCUGAGCAGGUGCGUCCAGGUGCGGGUCCGGCCCAGCAACGUGUCGGUGACCUCGCCCGCGGUGCAGCUGACAGUGGCCAUGCACAACGUGCCAGACCUCAGCGCGGGUGUGAGCUGUGCCUUCGAGGAGGUGGCGGAGAGCGAGGCGGUCCUGCUGCCUUCUGGGGAGUUGCGCUGCCCCUCGCCUUCCGUCCAGGAGCUCCGGGCUCUCACCCGGGGGCACGGGGCCACCCGCACGGUGCGGCUGCAGCUGCUCUCCAAGGAGACCGGCGUGGGGUUUGCGGGGGCCGACCUUGUCUUCUACAACUGCAGCGUCCUCCAGUCGUGCAGGUCCUGCGUUGGCAGCCCUUACCCCUGCCACUGGUGUAAGUACCGCCACGUGUGUACCAGCCACCCCCACGAGUGCUCUUUCCAGGAGGGCAGGGUGCACAGCCCCGAGGGCUGCCCCGAGAUCCUGCCCAGCGGGGACCUCCUGAUCCCGGUAGGCGUCAUGCAGCCGCUCACCCUGCGGGCCAAGAACCUGCCGCAGCCCCAGUCAGGCCAGAAGAACUACGAGUGCGUGGUCCGGGUGCGGGGGCGGCAGCAGCGGGUGCCUGCCAUCCGCUUCAACAGCAGCAGCGUGCAGUGCCAGAACGCCUCGUACUCGUAUGAAGGCGAUGAGCAUGGCGACACCGAGCUCGACUUCUCCGUGGUCUGGGACGGAGGCUUCCCCAUCGACCAGCCUGCCACCUUCCGAGCGCUCCUGUACAAGUGCUGGGCGCAGCGGCCCAGCUGUGGCCUCUGCCUCAAGGCCGACCCCCGCUUCAACUGCGGCUGGUGCGUCUCGGAGCACAGGUGCCAGCUGCGGGCCCACUGCCCGGCCCCCAAGACCAACUGGAUGCACCCGAGCCAGAAGGGUGCUCGCUGCAGCCACCCCCGCAUCGCCCAGAUCCACCCGCUCAGGGGGCCCAAGGAGGGAGGCACCCGGGUCACCAUCGUCGGCGAGAACCUGGGCCUCAGCUCCCGAGAGGUGGGCGUGCGGGUGGCCGGCGUGCGCUGCAACCCCAUCCCCGCCGAGUACGUCAGCGCCGAGAGGAUCGUGUGCGAGAUGGAGGAGUCGCUGGUGCCCAGCCCGCUGCCGGGCCCCGCGGAGCUGUGCGUCGGCGACUGCUCGGCCGACUUCCGCACGCAGUCGGAGCAGCUCUACAGCUUCGUGACGCCGACAUUCGACGGCGUGAGUCCCCACCGGGGCCCGGCCUCCGGGGGCACGCGGCUCACCCUCUCCGGAAGUUCUCUGGAUGCCGGCAGCAGGGUCACGGUGACCGUGAGAGACGGCGAGUGCCGCUUUGUGCGGAGGGACGCGGAAGCCAUCGUGUGCAUCUCGCCUGUCUCCACCCUCGGCCCCAGCCAGGCCCCCGUCACCCUGGCCAUCGACCGCGCCAACCUCUCCAGUCCUGGCGUCUUCUACACCUACACCCAGGACCCCACUGUCACUCGCCUGGAGCCCACCUGGAGCAUCAUCAAUGGAAGCACUGCCAUCACCGUCAGUGGGACCCACCUGCUGACAGUCCAGGAGCCCCGGGUGCGGGCCAAGUACCGAGGCAUUGAGACCACCAACACGUGCCAGGUGAUCAACGACACCGCCAUGCUGUGCAAGGCCCCCGGCAUCUUCCUGGGGCAGCCCCAGCUGCAGGCCCAGGGGGAGCACCCCGAUGAGUUUGGCUUCCUGCUGGACCACGUGCAGACGGCCCGCUCCCUCAACCGGUCCUCCUUCACCUACUACCCCGACCCCAGCUUCGAGCCCCUUGGGCCCUCUGGUGUCCUGGACGUGAAGCCCGGCUCCCACGUGGUGCUCAAGGGCAAGAAUCUGAUCCCCGCGGCGGCCGGCAGCUCCCGCCUCAACUACACAGUGUUGAUUGGGGGCCAGCCGUGCGCGCUCACCGUCUCGGACACGCAGCUCCUGUGCGACUCCCCCAGUCAGACAGGCCGGCAGCCUGUCAUGGUGCUGGUGGGCGGCCUGGAGUUCUGGCUGGGCACCCUGCACAUCACGGCCGAGCGGGCGCUGACCCUGCCGGCCAUGGUGGGGCUGGCGGCGGGGGGCGGGCUGCUGCUGCUGGCCAUCACCGCCGUGCUGGUCGCCUACAAACGCAAGACUCGGGACGCGGACCGCACGCUCAAGCGGCUCCAGCUGCAGAUGGACAACUUGGAGUCCCGGGUGGCCCUGGAGUGCAAGGAAGCCUUUGCUGAGCUGCAGACAGACAUCAACGAGCUGACCAACCACAUGGACGGGGUGCAGAUCCCGUUCCUGGACUACCGGACCUACGCCGUGCGGGUGCUUUUCCCGGGCAUCGAGGCCCACCCGGUGCUCAAGGAGCUGGACACCCCCCCCAACGUCGAGAAGGCCCUGCGUCUCUUCGGGCAGCUGCUGCACAGCCGCGCCUUCGUCCUGACCUUCAUCCACACGCUGGAGGCCCAGAGCAGCUUCUCCAUGCGCGACCGCGGCACCGUGGCCUCGCUCACCAUGGUGGCUCUGCAGAGCCGCCUCGAUUACGCCACAGGUCUGCUCAAGCAGCUGCUGGCGGACCUCAUAGAGAAGAACCUGGAGAGCAAGAACCACCCGAAGCUGCUGCUGCGCAGGACCGAGUCGGUGGCCGAGAAGAUGCUGACCAACUGGUUCACCUUCCUGCUGUAUAAGUUCCUGAAGGAGUGCGCGGGGGAGCCGCUCUUCCUGCUCUACUGCGCCAUCAAGCAGCAGAUGGAGAAGGGCCCCAUCGACGCCAUCACGGGCGAGGCACGCUACUCCCUGAGCGAGGACAAGCUCAUCCGGCAGCAGAUCGACUACAAGAUGCUGACCCUGCACUGUGUGUGCCCGGAGAGCGAGGGCAGCGCCCACGUCCCGGUGAAGGUUCUCAACUGCGACAGCAUCACCCAGGCCAAAGACAAGCUGCUGGACGCCAUGUACAAGGGCAUCCCCUACUCGCAGCGCCCCAAAGCUGAGGACAUGGACCUAGAGUGGCGCCAGGGCCGCAUGGCCCGCAUCAUUCUCCAGGACGAGGAUGUCACCACCAAGAUCGAGUGCGACUGGAAGAGGGUCAACUCGCUGGCCCACUACCAGGUGAGGCGCCGGAUGGGGGUCCACUCGGGGCCUUGGGAGCUGCCCUGCAUGUGGGCAAAUGGUGGCUCCGGCCCCUUGGCUGCUCGGCCGCCUGCACGGCCCCCUCUCUGUGUCCGGGGUCUCCAGGUGACAGAUGGUUCCUUGGUGGCACUGGUGCCCAAGCAAGUGUCAGCCUAUAACCUGGCCAACUCCUUCACCUUCACCCGCUCCCUCAGCCGCUAUGAGAGCUUGCUCCGCACGGCCAGCAGCCCCGACAGCCUCCGCUCGCGGGCGCCCAUGAUCACGCCCGACCAGGAGACGGGCACCAAGCUGUGGCACCUGGUGAAAAACCACGACCACGCCGACCACCGCGAGGGCGACCGCGGCAGCAAGAUGGUCUCGGAGAUCUACCUGACGCGGCUGCUGGCCACCAAGGGCACGCUGCAGAAGUUCGUGGACGAUCUCUUUGAGACCGUGUUCAGCACGGCCCACCGGGGCUCGGCCCUGCCUCUGGCCAUCAAGUACAUGUUCGACUUCCUGGACGAGCAGGCCGACCAGCGGCAGAUCAGCGACCCUGACGUGCGCCACACCUGGAAGAGCAACUGCCUCCCCCUGCGCUUCUGGGUGAACGUGAUCAAGAACCCGCAGUUCGUGUUCGACAUCCACAAGAGCAGCAUCACGGACGCCUGCCUGUCGGUGGUGGCCCAGACCUUCAUGGACUCGUGCUCCACGUCCGAGCACCGGCUGGGCAAGGACUCGCCGUCCAACAAGCUGCUCUACGCCAAGGACAUCCCCAACUACAAGAGCUGGGUGGAGAGGUACUACCGGGACAUAGCGAAAAUGGCAUCCAUCAGCGACCAGGACAUGGACGCAUACCUGGUGGAGCAGUCCCGACUCCACGCCAGUGACUUCAACGUCCUGAGCGCACUCAGCGAGCUCUACUUCUAUGUCGCCAAGUACCGCCAGGAGGUUCUCAGCGCUCUGGACCGGGACGCCUCUUGUCGGAAGCAUAAGUUGCGCCAGAAGCUGGAACAGAUCAUCGGCCUCGUGUCGAGCAACAGCUAAGGGUGGCAGAACCGGUGAGGAGGGGGCUUCUCAGUCCUGAGCCGUCCCCCUGUCCCGGGGGGCGUCUCACGCCUGGGUCUCGGGCUUGGCCCUAGAUGCCCUGGAUCGGGUGGCACGGGAGAGGUCACGGCCGAGAUGCCCCCGGCACACCUGGGCCCCCGUCGUUAGUGCCUUGCUCUGGGCCCUGCUGGGGAGGGGGUGACAGGACCCAGCCCCCGCCCAGGCAGCAGCAAUACUCCCCUCCCGCCCUCGUGCCAGGUCUCGUGGCAUGGCCCCUGCCCUCCUCGCUAUUUAUGCCCGCGCCCCUAUUUAUUUAUCGCCCCUGGCGGUCCCCAUCUGUAAAUACGCGCCCGCACCACAUGUCGCCGGCCUCGCUCACCUUCUCUCCUGGUGUCCUCCUGGCUCCCUGGUGACCUGGUCGGCCUCGGCCAGGCCCGGGCUGCUCACCUUUGCCGCUGCCGGCCCGCUCUUCCCAGGCAGCGCUGGGGUCCUGGGGACACAGCCGGAGCGGCCCGCAGACUGUGGCCGUGCCCGGCGCCCCACCGCCGCCUCGCAGCCCCCCCCCCCCCCGGGCGGAAGCCUCUGCCGCUCAGGGCGCCCGGCGAGCCCGACCCGGGCCCCUGGCCCUCCGCCCCUCCGCCCCCUGCCCGGCGCCCGCCCGGGGCCCGGGCGGCAGUGCCUUACUCCCUCCUUCCGCCUCCUCGGAGCGGCCCGGCCCCGUCUCGCCGCCCUGGAAACCCAGUUUGCUUCGGGUCGUCGUUUGCAUGAGGUUUUCUUUGCCGUGUGGGGUUUUCUCCUCAUUAAAUGUCGGGAAAUGGA